AUGGGUAAGGACCCAGCCAGCCGGGUUUCUGAGGAGGAGGAAGAGGAGGGUUCAGAGGGGGAGCCGGAGGCGGCGGGUCCCGCGGGGCCGCCCCGGAGGAGCGACGGGAGGCGGGCCUCGGGGUGGCUCCGGAGGCGGCGGACCGGAGUCGGCGAGCUCCGACGGCCCCAGCGGAGAGGAGGCGGCGGGCGUAGAGCCCGGGUCGCCGAGGGGCGGGGGGGCGGCGGGCCGCGGGGGGGGCGCCGGCGGCCCAGGAGGACUGGAGGCGGGCAGAGGGGCGGAGAGAGAGGGAAGGAGCGCUCGGGAAAGGCCCGCAACGGGAGGUCAGUAGUGGAAAGAGCCCGGGCCGGCGCAGCCAGGGGGAGAAGCAGGGCAAGCUCCGGGACGGGUACUGGGAGGCCUACUGGGAAAGGGGCAGGGAGCGCUACCGGCAGAAGAAAUCGAAGCGCAGGCCCAAGGGCGCGGGGCAGGUGCAGGUGCAGGGGGGCAAGGUCGAGUGGAAGUACCAGCUGGAGAGGAAGUCCAACUGGCUGCAGAGCACGGGAUUCGUGGAGUCUGUGGAGGAGGACAAGUCCUCGCCCUGCAGGGAGAGUCCCGACAUCUUCAAGGUCCGGGUGGGACGCGCAGUUCCGGCAGCCGGCAAUCAGAUUCAGUAUCUGCCCCACGCCUUCUCGUCGCCUGUCGCAGCGGCCGGUUGGGAGCUGCCUCUCCGGCCUCAGCGUCAUGAAGGAGCUAGCGAAGAUGGGUGACCCGAACCUCCUGGGGAUGGUGCAGGAGGAAGGGAGAGUAGUUACUAGAGAAAUAGAUCCCAGUCUACAAACAACAGAGGUAUAUAUUGUUAUGAAUUUUCCUCAUGGACCUACAUUGGCUGUAUCCCUUUCAAAAAAAAUGAGCAAAGCAAAGAUUCUAUCUUCUUCCGAGAUGGGAUUAGGCAAAUUGAUUUUGUACUUUCCUAUGCUUGAUGACUUAAGGGAAGAUGCAGAAAUAAAAGCGGAAAGAAGAAAAGAAUUUGAGCAAAAUCUCCGAAAAUCAGGUCUUGAAUUGGAAAUUGAAGACAAGAGGGACUCUGAAGAUGGAAGGACUUACUUUGUCAAGAUCCAUGCUCCUUGGGAGGUAUUAGUUACUUAUGCUGAAGUAUUGGGAAUCAAAAUGCCUAUUAAGGAGAGUGAUGUUCCCCAAAAUGAGGACACUCCAUUGACCUAUAUGCUUUCGGCUGUGAAACUUCCAGCGAGUGUGAAGUAUCCUCAUCCUGAAUAUUUCGCUGCCCAGUUCAGCAGACAUCGUCAAGAGCUCUUCCUCAUUGAUGAUCCAUCAACUUUCUUUCCAUCCUCGGCAAGAAACAGAAUUGUUUUCCAAGUCCCUUCAAGUAACCCAGUUCGAGGAAAAACAGAGUUCCCAUCCGGACUGCAAAACAGCGUCGGCAAGGACGAGAGACACACAGCUCUCCUUCUCAUCACUCCUCCCCAGUGCUGGUGGGAGCCUUGCAGACCCAUGUGUUUUAGAAAAUUCAUCUCCCCCAAGCUUUGUUUUAAAAACGCUCCCGAACAAAGCUCAGGGCCUUCCUCUGACCUCCACUGCGUCGGUUGGUUAGAUGAGGUCCCUGCCGCAGCUUAUACUUCCAGAGUAAACCUUGCUUUUGCAUUUCGGUGA